CAGUGGCCUGGCGCAGGCCCACGACUGAGGAAAGCUGCUUAUCCUUCCCUGGGUUGCCAUGGAGAUGAGCAGGAGGCAGCAGCAGCAGCAGAGAGGCUGUCAGUGAGGGAAAUCAGUAUCAGGCAUCUGUGGGGUCUGCAGGAGGGAAAGGAGGCAGGAUCAGGGACACGGUCGGCAGCAGACAUGGACUUGCAUUGUGAUUGUGCGGAGACUCCGGCAGUUGAGCAGCCAUCCGGGAAGAUUAACAAAACGGCUUUCAAAUUAUUUAAAAGGAGAAAAUCUGGGGGCACCAUCCCCAGCAUAUUUGGGGUGAAAAACAAAGGUGGGGAUGGGAAAGACUCAAGUAAACCGGGGAUGGUGCGGAGCAAGACUCAUGAUGGAUUAGCUGAUGCUGUGCUAGAAAGCAGCAAGAAAGAGGAAUUGAGCAGUGGUGGUGGUGGCAGUGAUCAGCAGAACAAGGAUAUAAACACUAGGGCUGUAGCCAGCCUGAAUGUUUCAGCAAACAGCUCGGUGGCGAAGUCGCACAGUUUCUUCUCUCUGUUGAAAAAGAAUGGGAAAUCGGAAAAUGGCAAGGGAGAGAACGCAGAUCAGAGGGCUGGCAGCAGACAAAAGAAAGGGCUGAAAGGGAUCUUCAGCAGUAUGCGAUGGCAUAAAAAGGACAAAAAUGGCAAGGAGGAAAGGGGGGAAACAUCAGAAAUUCAAUCCAGCCUCAUUAUGCCUGGUUCUUUGACGGCCAGCUUGGAAUGCAUCAAAGAGGAGGCACCAAAACCUUUGUCUGAAAUUCAAAACACCACAGAAGAAAUUAACAUUGAAUUGUCUUGUGAGAAAUGCAGCAGCGAUGUGCACACUACAGCAGAUGAGCCUGGAGUCAGAGAUGGGGAGUUGCAGAACAACAGAAACGUACCAGGAGAGGAUCCUGCUAGUGCUGGAAACCGAGGCGAGGAGAACAACCCUGAGCUACCAGAUCCGGGUGCAGGAGAGGUUGGGACUGCGAAGGAUGCAGCCAUAACAGGUGACAUUCCAAUAAAGACUAUUCCCCUUGUUGAACCUGAAUGUGAUAGCGGUCAAGAGACGGCAGCAGCCCCUGACCCUUCCUCUGUUGAUCCACCCUCAGAGCAAUCGAUUGAUCGUAUUUGUUUGAUGUUUGCUGACGUGACUUCACUGAAAAGCUUUGACUCUCUUACAGGCUGUGGAGAUAUUAUUGCCGACCAGGAGGAUGAAGUGGGCAGCAGCAGUGGAGGCUGUGACAAGAGCGCCCCGGGGGCCAGCAAGCCAGGCACCUCCAAAAAGAACCCAAAUGUUGUGGCCUACCAAGGAGGAGGAGAGGAGAUGGCAAGUCCAGACCAAGUGGAUGACACCUACCUUCAGGAGUUCUGGGAUAUGCUGUCACAAACAGAAGAGCAAGUCCAAGACAUCCCCGGUGGGGGCGGGAUAAAAAAGCCUGACAUCUCAAGGGAGAGCAAGUGUGUUGAGGGGGCCCAGAAUGGUUCAACGGUUAAACGCAUUGGUCUCCACCAGAUUCCAAUUCAUCUCACCCACAAAGAGGAUCAAAAGAACAGGGAAAAGGAGCAGCAAGAGUGCAUCCCAAACAGUGAUGAGGGCUAUUGGGAUUCUACGACUCCUGGUCCUGAGGAAGACAGCACCAGUAGUGUCCAGAAAGAGAGCAUACCGAGGGACAGCUACAGUGGCGAUGCCCUCUAUGAUCUCUAUGCUGACCCAGAUGAAAAUGUAGCAGGGGUGCCUUCUGAUGAAGAGGUUACUUGUGUAUCGCGCUCUAAACCGGUGUCACCAAUAACAACCACGUGCCCACUUAAAACACCUGCAGGUUCCAUCAAGGACUCUAAGAUACCUAUCAGCAUUAAACAUCUCUCAUCGCUUCCUGCCAGCCAUGCAACAGAUGCAAGUAACAGCCAUCAUGCUGCACACCAUCAUCCGGCCAAAAGUGAGAUACCCAGAACAAAAAUACCUGUUUCUAAAGUACUUGUACGUCGGGUCAGUAACAGGGGCUUAGCAGGGACAAUGAUCAAAGCCACCACAUUCCAGGACAGUGCCAGAAAGUAGCUGAAUAAGAACUAGAGGCAAAGAUGGAUGGCGGGUUAGAAGCAGGGAAGUUUUCACUGAGGUCACCAACAAAAUGUUUUGCAACACCUAAAGAAAGGCUGUCACAAGAACCCCUUCAGUGUGCCAUGAGAGCUUGCACUUCCACACUUCUCCUGGAGAUAGUGUAUCUAUAAAUACAACAAUUCAAAUUCUUUUGAAGCACUUUUUUUUUUUUUACAUUUCUAUCCUUUUUCGGGAAGUAGCUUUUACAAGCCUUUGCAAAAGCAGGACUUGGAUUAUGAACCUAGAAGGGCAUUUCUCCCGAUGCAAAUUAGUGCCAUGAGUUAUUCAAGGGGACAGAUUACAGAAAGAGAGGAACAAGACAAAUUCUCCAAUACACUUAGCUUUUACUGCUUUCUUUUGGCCUAAACUGGAAAAAGAAAAAAAAUGUUUCUUCUACAGUAUAUGGAAAAAUGCCAAGCAAAACAGGUAUUUUCCUGAUGUUCAAACAGCAGCACUGAUCAGCAGCAGACUUGACUUACUUGCAUCUAGUAAGCUAACUCAUGAGUUAGGUGAAUUUCUAUAACUGGAAGAAAUAUUUUUGUUUGUUUGUUUGUCUGUUUGUUUUGGCUCCGCUAUCAUGUAAAUAGAUAACAGAUGCAUCUGGCAUAGGGUCAGAUGUUUACUUCAAUAUUUGUCCGAUGCAUAAAAUCAGGUUCAGGGAAUCAUUUUACUAAAUGCCAAUAUAUACACAACUUUCACAUUUAUACAAUAAAUUACUCUUUAUGUGUAGAUAUAUGCAUAUUUUAACAGUUUUACUCAAUCCUACAGAUUUUUUAUAACAAAACAUCUGUCUGUAUUAUCUAGAGUUUAAGAAAAAGUUAGUUUUUAUAGCUAGAUAAUUUUACAAUUCUGAAAUGAUGGAACUUCCUUUAAGUACCUUGAAGUAGAACAAAACUCUGUUUUAUAUUGCCUCUUGCACCCCCAGAUAAACAAGUCUAUUGUGCUGGUUUUAUUAGAGUGACACAUUCAUUGUGCCAGAGCCAAGGUUCUGACAACAUUGCAAGUGCAAACCUCUAUUUUCAGGGGUUUGGACAAAUUUGCUCUGGGCUGAAACCCUGCAGAGAAUAAAUUCUGGAAAGAAACUUUUUUAAAAAAUACAUUAUAUUUAAAAAUGUGUAAAGUUAAUUUUGGCUAUUUAAAGAAAAAAUUGGAUUUGUUACUCAUUCUUAAUAACUUCAAUGCUUAAGAAAGGAGUGGGGUAAGCUAUUGCUCUGCAAAAUAGUCUAAUCAACUUUGGUUCUGUGAAAAAUAUAUUAAUGGCCAAGCUGCUUCUUUAAAAGUGGCUACUAUAUAUGGGCAUUGACAACUUUUCAAAGAAAUUGCAGAAGGAUGCUAUGAUGUGCCUACAGAUGUAUUUUCAUGGUAGACUGAAACAGCUCCAAAGGACAGCAAAGUCUAAUGGGUAAAUACUGUGGAUUUACAAAAUACUCUAAAAUAUGUAUUUAACCAACAGACCACAAUUAAUACGAAGUUGCUGUUUCAGUGUAUCUGAAAAAUAAUAUAUGUUUUUAAAAAGUUUUAACUAUUUGUAUUGUGCAGAGAAGCCUAAAUUUAAAUAAGGGAAUCUAAUGGGUCUGAUCUUAUAUGACAGUUUGCUUUAUCCUCUUUAGAUUUGAAAAAAUAAAAUAAAAAUACAAAAUAUACCUUUAAAGAAUAUUAAGGUUGUAAGAUGAACUGUAAAAACCAAGAAAAUACAAUAUUUAAGGGCCUAGUUCUUCCUCCCUUUAUACUGGUGCAUCCUUAAUAUCACUGCAGAGGGUGUUGACUGUGUGGACAGGAGGGUAGGAUUGGGAGCUAGCUCUGAAAAUAACUCAUUGCUUAAUAAUGACUUAUAUCAUCCUAGCGGUGAAGUCCAGGAAAAAGUGCCAGCUCUUCUAUUCAGUUCCUGGCUUUAUCAGUUUAUGUCAGAACCUUAAUAUACUCAAAGAAGUUUAUUUUAUAUGUAAUUGUUUUGUAAUGUGCAUGGUUGUAUACAUGCCUACUCAUGCAUACCUAUUGUACAUAUAUGCAUGUAUAGUCAUACAUACCUAUGCUUAUAUCAUACAUGCAUACAAAUGAACAUGCACAUUCAUGUAUAAACACAGCCAUGCAAAUACUACCAGGCAUGUACACUUCUGUGCAGACACUGAGGAAACAUAGAGCAAAUCUAUCUCAAAACAUGUUGGCAAGAAGAAGGAAGGGAUUUGCAUUUGACCUGAUUCUGCUUGUAUUUUUGUAGAGACUAAAGCUGUAGUAUUCUCUAAAGGAUGAAUGUAUAGAACAUGGAAUUUGAAUCCUAGCCUCCUAGCCAUAAAGCUUGCAGUCAUGUUUUUUUCUCAUCUGACUUUAAGGAUUAUGUUCUUCUUUGCAUAAUGAUUAAACGGCGAAUUCAAACUUGCCCAUUUUGUUUAAGGACAAAUUGUACAGAAAGAAUUGUACAGGGAAUUGAAAGUUGAGGUGGAGAGAGGAUGUCGUGAGCUUGUGACACUGUAAAGUAGGAGGAGUCAAUUACAGGUGGUAGCAGUUGUGCAUCAUUUUAAAACACUAGUAAAAUAACUUAUCAUCUAUAUACAAGACUUGUUUUAAAAAUAAUAUACAUUUAAUUUACACUGUGGCAUGUAUGUAUCAAGAAAAAAAAUAGAAAAUAGAGUAUUUUUAGAUUAGUUCCCUCACACUGAUGUUUAACAAGGACCACCAUUAAAAUCUGUUGCCUUUCCUUCA